CUCCCUUGUUCCUUCCUUUCCCAAAACCCUGUCCAAAAAUAAAACUCAGCCGACUUAAAAGCCUUGGAAAUUUGCCGGCGGUAGUACUGUGUUUUGGAACCAGCCGCUUCUAACAAACAAUUUCGCCGUGCCUCUGCCUUCUGCCACCAGUGACGACCGGCGUCCGGCGAGACGCCGUAAGUGCUUGAAAAAGAGCAUUACUUUGUCUGCCAAUUGAAUUACAAUGGCAUACCAAGGGGGAAACUUGAAGUCCACUGCCAUAAAUGGAGUGAAGAUGUAUACUGUUGCUGGCCAACACCGUUCUGUGGCUACAUGGCUUCCUCCUAAGAAGCUCAGAGCCCUUCGUAAAGAUCCAAGUUAUAUGCAAAGAGUGGAUCUGAUUCAAGAUUUGAGAUUUGAAACUGCAACAACAAGAAUUAAAGUGACUCCUGACGGGGAGUAUCUCAUCGCCUCAGGUAUUUACCCACCACAAGUUAAAGUGUAUGAGCUGCGGGAACUGUCAUUGAAGUUUGAAAGGCAUUUGGUGUCAGAGAUUGUUAACUUUCAAGUCUUGGGUGAUGACUACUCAAAAAUAGCUUUUCUCUGUGCUGAUCGUUCUGUUUGCCUUCAUGCAAAAUAUGGAAGUCAUUAUAAUUUGCGGAUUCCAAGGAUGGGAAGGGAUAUUGUAUAUGAUUGCUGGUCUUGUGAUUUGCUUUGCGCUGCCUCAUCACCAGAUCUCUACAGAAUAAAUUUGGAGCAGGGACGCUUCCUUUCCUCACUGAGCACACGAUCCCCAGCACUUAAUGUGGUUUCACGGAGCAAGGUCCAUGGAUUAGUUGCUUGUGGAGGGGAGGAUGGUGCGGUCGAAUGCUUUGACAUGAGAGCAAGAUCCUCAGUCGGCAGGAUAAAUGCUGUUGCACCUGCUGGAGAUGCGGACCAGGAGGUUACUGCGAUAGAGUUCGAGGGAGAUGGAGGUUACCUCAUGGCUGUUGGAAGUAGUGAUGGAAAGGUUCUGAUUUAUGAUUUGCGUUCUUCUCAACCUAUGCGGAUAAAGGAUCAUAUGUAUGGGAGCCCGAUACUGAACAUUAAGUGGCAUAAAACGCUCAACACUGAACGAACAAAGUUAAUAACUGCUGACAGCCACAUUGUUAGGGUUUGGGACCCUGAGACGGGAGAAGGCAUGACAAGCAUUGAACCGACGGGUGGGAGAAUCAACGAUUUGUGUGCAUUCACUGGCAGUGGAUUGAUGUUGUUGGCUCUUGACUCCAGUCUAAUACCUUCAUAUUUCAUACCUUCUCUGGGACCUGCACCCAAGUGGUGUUCUUACCUUGAAAACCUGACGGAAGAGCUUGAGGAGCAACCCCAAACAACUAUUUAUGAUGAUUAUAAAUUUUUGACAAAGGAAGAUCUGGAAAAGUUGAAUUUGACCAAUUUGAUUGGAACCAACCUUCUAAGAGCUUAUAUGCAUGGUUACUUCAUCGAUUAUCGAAUGUAUAAAAAGGCACACGCAGCGUCAAAUCCAUUUGCUUAUGACGAGUAUAUAGAGCAGCGGAAGAAGGAAAAAUUCGAAAAAGAGCGUGAUAGUCGUAUCACGAUUAAGAGGAGGCUUCCCAAAGUUAAUCGCACUCUGGUUGAACAACUUCUUGAGAAUGAAGAAGCUGAGAAUUUGAAGGAGGAUGUUGAUGGCGUUGAUGCAAAGAAGACAUCAAAGAAGAAGAAAGGACUGACCAUGGACGUUCUUGAAGAUGAACGUUUCAAACGCAUCAUUGAAAAUAAGGACUUCGAAAUUGAAGAAGAUUCUCAUGAGUAUCGGGCAUUACACCCUAUGCCUUCCUUAAAACGACCGUCUUUAGUGGAAGAACAUUUUGAGCCUGUGAUGGACGGUGAGGAGGCUAGUGAUUCUGAUGCGUCUGCAGCACCACAAUCAUCAGAAGAUGAACAAGUAAAUGAAAAAAAUUCUAGAAAAAAGGCCAGAGUUCCAAGAAUGUAUGAAGUCAAGGAUGAUAGGCAUGCAGAAGCAUUCUCAAACCAUCUUUCACUUGCAAAAGAGGAUGCUCUUUCACUAGGUGAAAGGGUUGCAGGACUGUCAAAUGGCAGAGCUUCUCAUGAUAUGAACAAUAUCAAGGUGGGUCCUGGAGGUUCGAGAGAAGUUUCCUUUUUCUCCAGGAGCUCAGCCAAGUAUGUGGAAGAUGAUGGAGAGAAGGAAACACGAACCGAAAAGAGAAGAGGGGUCCAGUCCUUGAAACUGAAGCCUGAGAGGUCAGGUUUUCAGGGAUCAGGUUCCCGAGGCCGGGGGAGAGGAGGAAGAGGUCGUGGAAUGGGCAGAGGAACAGGAAGAGGAAGAGGAAGAGGGAGACGAUAAUUGUUUCAUUCAGUAUUAAACAAUUUUUGUGUCAAAGUAAGUGACUAUUUAUUUUUCUUUAAACAAUUUAUGAGUAACUAGUUUCUCGAUACGUAUACUGCUCCUGUAGUGAUUGUACAAUAUAAAUCGAUUGUCAAACAUUAAAUCAAAAAAUUAACAAGUGUUUACAUUUA